GAUGUUAAUAUUAGGCCAAGUGUAAGUUUGUAUAUCAGUCAGUAUUGAUAGAACCGUGAUUAUUCUCGAACAUCUCACACAUUAGAUUGUUAUAAGAAAUUAAUUUAUUUUAAAUAUCAUAUUUUUAGUAUUUAUCAAAUCUCCAAUAAAUUCUAAAAUAUUAUUUCAUCGGUAUCUGAGCAUUAGGUGCAAGAAAAAAUGUUGGCAAAUUUCAUUGCAAUGGGUACAGCAUAUUUUCUAUGGGAUGCGAGAGCUAUUAUUAAAUUACAAGAAUAUUUAAUAGCCAACGAUAUUGAAGAAGAAAAUUUAGAAGAUAACACUAUUUUAACAGAUAUGCUACGUGUGUCAGUGGGGAGCUCUUUGUGCAGAAAUCCUAUUACACCUGAAUUAUUAAACAAAUUCAAGGAUACGAUUCUUGUGUUUUCAAUUGAUAAUUGGAAGACAUUGAAACUGUAUCGUAAAAAUUAUAUCAUUUUGCAAGUAGCUUGCGUGGAAUAUCUCCUAUAUCCCAACAAAGAUAAUGAAGAAUAUAAAAAGAUAUACAGUUGUGACGAACAAAAAGUGACCGAGGUAUAUAAUAAAUUGUUUGAUCUUCCAAAAAACAAUAUACCCGACAAUGUCACAGUGAGGGCGGUUAAAUCUUUUUUCAGUUACGAUAUACUUGUAGAUGAUAAUGACUACUUAGAAAUUAUAAGAUUGUAUUUGAGAGGAAUUGAUAUUAAUUCCAGAGAGUUAAAAUACAUAAAAAAUAGAUCAAUUGAAAUAAUUAAUAGUGCAUUAGAUGAACUUCCCGCGCCCACCAGGCGCAGAUGUGUCAUCAGUUAAUUCUGGUCCUUUAUCAGCCAUAUAUAUAUAUACCAGUGAACCAUGGAUUUUCUCAAUGUUACUCUGUUAAACAAAUAUUUUUAGCGUAAAUAUUCAAUUCAAAUUUCUCCCGAGCACGAAUUAUAAAUUUUAACGAUGAU